ACCAUUACCCAAUUAUAUUAAAAACCAACAAACUACUUGAAUAAGCCAUUAAAAACAGAGAAAAACACACACGGAAGAAUAUUAUUGGAGAAUGGGUGCUGAUUGGGGACCGGUGGUGGUGGCGGUGGUGAUGUUCAUACUCCUCUCGCCGGGGCUGCUGUUCCAAUUACCGGCGAGGACGAGGGUCAUGGAAUUUGGGAACAUGUAUACAAGUGGCAUCUCCAUAUUGGUUCAUGCUAUUUUGUUCUUUUGUAUCUACACUAUUUUGAUUAUUGCUAUUGGAGUUCAUAUACAUGCUGGCUGAUCAUCUUCUUAAUUGUAAUUAAUUAAUGUCAAACAUGCUUUCCAGUUAUUUCUUUUCUACCGUACUUGGAAUGUUGAUUUUUCACUCAGUACUCUCCUCAUGUAAUGAAAUUCUUGGCCUCUGUUUUGUAAUCAAA